GCAACAUUGCAUGCUUGACAUUCAAGCCGUAAGUGUCGAGGAAGGAAUCGUGAAUUAACAAAAAUGCCGAGUCAAGAGGUUGUUACAACAAAAGUUGUGGUCCACCCGCUGGUUUUACUUAGCGUUGUGGAUCACUUUAAUCGUAUGGGGAAAAUUGGCAAUCAAAAACGUGUCGUUGGAGUUUUGCUCGGCUGCUGGAGGGCCAAGGGAGUUCUUGAUGUGUCAAACAGUUUUGCAGUUCCUUUCGAUGAGGAUGACAAAGACAAAUCAGUGUGGUUCCUUGACCAUGAUUAUCUGGAAAACAUGUUUGGGAUGUUCAAAAAAGUCAACGCUAGGGAAAAGGUUGUUGGAUGGUACCACACUGGCCCCAAACUUCACCAGAAUGACGUAGCGAUCAAUGAAUUAAUCAGAAGAUACUGUCCCAAUUCCGUCCUGGUCAUCAUCGAUGCCAAACCAAAGGAUCUAGGUCUUCCAACUGAGGCAUAUCAGGCAGUGGAAGAAGUUCAUGAUGAUGGCUCACCAACCUCCAAAACGUUUGAGCACAUCCCAAGCGAAAUCGGAGCUGAAGAAGCUGAAGAGGUGGGUGUUGAACACUUACUAAGAGACAUCAAAGAUACGACAGUUGGAACCCUCAGUCAGAGGAUCACAAAUCAAUUACUGGGACUUAAGGGACUCCAUGCUCAAAUUAGAGAAAUAAAGGACUACCUUAUUCAGGUUGGCAAUGGAAAACUUCCAAUAAAUCACCAAAUCGUAUAUCAACUCCAAGACAUAUUCAACCUUCUCCCUGACAUGUCUCAGCACACCUUCGUAGACUCUCUCUAUGUAAAAACAAACGAUCAAAUGCUCGUUGUUUACCUGGCAGCACUCGUGAGGUCAAUCAUUGCUUUGCACAACUUGAUCAACAACAAACUGACGAACCGUGAUGCUGAGAAAAAAGAAACCGAUAAGAAAGAGACGAAAAAAGAGGAAAAGAAGGAAGACAAGGAGGAGAAGAAAGAUGAGAAGGAGAAGAAGACAAAGUGAUCUCAGCAAUUUCAAGCGAGGGAGAGAAAACUCUAAGGGAAAGAUGUUAAUAAGACUAUUUCAUCCAAUCUGUUGAGUGAACUGGACAGUAAAAACCACUUUUUGGAUCUGUACAGACAUUAACUUCAUUUUUUACUACACAGAAAACGAUCUAAACUGUACAUUUCCGAAUGUUCUUCGAUUAAUUAAAAAAAUGAAUAACACAAUCAAUAAAAAUAACUUCUACUUA